GAAGUGGACCACGCCUGGAGCGAACUCGGCAUUCAUGACAAGGGCUUCAUGCUGCCAGGAAACGUGGGUCGAGAGUACGGAUUAGACCCACGAAAGCAUGUGUAUGCUCCUAAAGGGACCAUGUUGGAGGAAGAAGAUGGAUUUCCCGUGUUCAUUCAGGCACUGCAUGAUGUGCAUUGUUUGAAUGAGCUGCGAAGAGCUCUAUACUUCAACAAAGCCUACUAUAAGAAGUUUGAGAAUGACACAUUGACACCCGAGCCAUUUCGCAGAAGCCAUAUCAAUCAUUGCCUUGACAACGUCCGCGAACGUCUCAUGUGUACGGCAGAUGCCGGUAUCAUACCCUCGGUAUGGACCAGCCGAGAUGAAAACUGGCCACUAUUUGGUAGCCGGCACAAGUGCCACAACUACGAGGCCCUGGUGGCAUGGAAUACGAAGUUGCACAGUACUGAACGAGAGCGAGCGGUCAAUUGGAGCGUACAGCUGACUGCUCCUAAUGAUGCUAUAUUUUUUGACAUCUGA